CGCUGUGUCCUCCGGUAGCAUCAACAUGGACUUGCACCAACCCUAACCAUGCAGGAUUAGGCACGCUGUCCUUGUCUCUCUUCUUUCUCCCGGGUAUAUAUAUGGCCCCCUCCAUGGCCUAAGGUUCUGUACUUGGCCUUCGCAGUACAGACAAGCGCAAGAACGGUUCAUCAGUGGUUCUUGCUGGAAACAAAAGUUGAGUUAGAUCAGAUCAUGGGCGCCUUGGAUCACCUGUCCCGUCUGUGCAACUUGACACAUACAAGGGAAGCCAUCAGGAUCAAGAAAAGGCGGCCACUGACGACGGUGAACAUCAAGGUGAAGAUGGACUGUGAGGGCUGCGAGAGGAGGGUCAAGAACGCCGUCAAAUCGAUUCGGGGUGUGACGGCGGUGGUGGUGAAUCGCAAGAUCAGCAAGGUGACGGUGACGGGGUACGUGGAGCCUCGCAAGGUGCUGGCGAGGGUGAAGAGGACUGGGAAGACGACGGCGGAUAUGUGGCCGUACGUGCCCUACACGGUGGCCACCUACCCCUACGUCGGCGGCUCCUACGACAAGAAGGCGCCGGCGGGCCUGGUCCGCAACGUGCCGCAGGCCAUGGCCGACCCGGCGGCGCCGGAGGUCAAGUACAUGAACAUGUUCAACGACGAGGACGUUACCGCUUGCACCGUCAUGUGAUUCGAUGAUCUCAUAUUAGCAUCUGCACUCCAGCCAGGACAUGAUGCCUAGAUUACUAGAUAUAUCGGUCUUCUCGCAGCGCUGGGGAAAAAUGAUACCAAGAAGAUGAACUUGUGCAUGUACGCGGUACUGAUGGAUGAUAUAUACUGUGCAAAUCCUCGUUCACGUCCAAGGUGUAGAUAAGCCUGAAUUACAACUUUAUGCUACCGCUUUAUGAUCUUCGAUAUAUACAUCCUUGUCAGUCUCGAGCCUUCUCUUC